CCUACACUAACGCCUCUGAUGAAACUGUGAUGUCCUCCAUCAGUACCCCGCAUGACACUUUUACAAAGCCGGCCAUGGUAGCACUACAUGUAAUCCAGCACUCGGGAGGUACAGUUAAGUAGAUCAGGAGUUCAAGGCCAGGUUCAUCUAUUUAGAGCUUAAGACCAGUUUAGGCUACUUACACUGUCUCAAAAAGAAAAAAAAAUAGUAGUAAAAGCUGGACAGAGUGGACACUUGCAACUCCAGCACUUGGGCGGAGGAGGUCAUCCACCACUGGGUAGCAAAUUUGAGGGCCAUCUGAACUAUUCCAGAUCCCUUCUCAAAACAAAACCAACCCGGAUUAGUCAGAUCAGCUUCUCCCAGCCCCAGGUUAGUAAAGGCUCGUAACUGGUCACAGUGCCGAGAGCAAGUGACUGCUGAGUGCCCAGCCCCGAAGGAACAUCUGUAUCAGUGCCUUCCCACCCAGGGCUCAGGGAACAUUGUAGAAGAGAGGGCAGAGAGGUUUUAAGAGCCAGGGUGCUGUGAAAGGCUGUCUCGUAGACAUGCAUGGUUCUUGCACCCAUGAACUCCCCACAGCCGUGGUUACCUGCGCAAGGUCAAGCUACUCUAGCACAGAGGGGCCACGGGUUUAUGAAGUCUCACCUCCUCUUGAGGAGCCAUCGCUAGCUGCUGGCUGCUGGGGAAGGAGCACCAGUUUCAUGUGUCUAUGACCACUGACAGGUUGCCUGUGCCCCAGUGGCUGUCCCACAUCCACACUUGUAUGAGCACCACUAAUUGGACAUAGUAGUGUGAUCAAAAUAAUUCUUUUAAAAGGACAUGAAGUAGUUUGGUGCUGUGUUUGGGGUACCAGUAAGAAUUAGAAGUUGAGAGUAGGGGUAGGUAGGCUUUAAAAAGUAUGCAUGUAUGACAUUCUGAAGGAAAUAUAAAAUGACUAGAGUAUAGUAAACCACAAUGCAGACCAGACAGUUCAGCGAGCUUCGAUGUGUGACUCGGUGCGGGAAGUGUUUGUACUGUGGUGCUGUCACCGCUGUCCGCCUCCAGAACUCUUCUGUCUUCUCAGACAGAAGCCUGGGGUGGCAGUGGCUCCUGCUGUGGCUGGCCUUCUAUCUGUGGAUGCCCUACCCCGUCCAUGCUCCAAACUGAGGCAAGGGGACCACGCAACUCUACUCCCAAGGCAGUUAAAACGUAAACAAAAGGCUCCAGACAUGACUUCAGACAGAAGCGAGGGUCCAGGACAGGUGAAGAGGCCAUGCUGAGUACAACAUGGAGACCAGCAGGCUGGAGAGAUUCAGAAGCUGCUGUGGGUCUGGGUGGAGAGGAGGCCCAGGAGCUCAGCUUCACUCCAGAUCCCAGUGGGACAGUUUGUCCCAGAGGAGACGCUGCCAUUAACCGGUGUUGCUUCUGUCCUUCUGGCUAACAUAUUCAGUCAACUUGGGCACAGGCUGAGAGGGGCCUCCUCAAGAUGGAGCUGCAUGGGCCAGCAGCGAGGCUGCCGUUCGUUUAGGAGGCUGUUGCAACUUGUCCCCUACUCGAGCCCCGAGGCCCUGCUGAGUGACGUGGCCCCUGUGUGAGCAGUGUGACUGAGUGGAUUUACUCUGCUGGUUCGCCUCCCCUCAGAAAGCAGCCAGAGAGCAUAAAAGGCAGAGUGGCCAGCAGUAAGGUGCCAGAUUGUGACUGGGAGCAAAGGGAGGACAGCAGGGAUGUUCUCUCUAUUCGGUGGGAUGGCUUUCCUGGCCGGCUCCUUCCUGCUCCUGAAGCUUGCCGCCUUGUGCUGGAGAAGGAGUCACCUCCCUCCCGGCCCGUUCCCUUUCCCCCUCCUUGGGAAUUUAUGGCAACUAAACUUUCGGCUACACCCAAAUAUGCUGUUCCAGGUAUGGAGGGGGCCUCAACCGUGAUUCCCUAAAGGGAUAGACAGAAGAACUCUAUCCUCCCAGCCUAGGAACCUUGGAAGUCGAAGCAACGGGGAGGUCCUGGUCUUGUCGCUUGCCAGCUUGGAAGCUUUGUGCCUCAGUUAGCACACCUGCCAAAUGCAGGGCAUACAGGGCUUGUGAAAGGGAGAUAAAGACCGGGCAGGAAGUGGGGUGGAAGGAUGGGGCUGUGGGGUGUUCAGGCGAUGCACGAGAAGCCCAUUCAAGAAAGUGUGGCUGUUUAUAUCACACACGACACUAGAACAUACCCAUGCCCAGGACGGAUGGGGUGUGAAUGCUCCUCCCUGAUUUCCUCUAAAUGCCCAUGGACUCUGUGACCCUGGGCUGGAUUCAAGGAGUUGGGAGGUACUCUGAAGAUGUGCGCCAAAAGUUGAGUACCGGAUGCAGGAAGGUAGGCAGUCACACCCAGAGGGCGAUCAUAGCAAAAGGGGCUAUGGGCUGCCUGGUGUCUCCACAGCUGGCUCAGACUCAUGGCAAUGUGUUUACUGUGUGGCUGGGCUCUACACCCAUUGUGGUGCUGAACGGCUUCCGGGCGGUGAAGGAAGCCCUGGUCUCCAACUCAGAACAGUUCUCGGGGAGGCCCCUCACCCCAUUCUUCCGAGACCUAUUUGGAGAAAAAGGUGUUAUCUGCAGCAAUGGGCUUACAUGGCGACAACAGAGACGCUUCUGUCUGACGACUCUUCGAGAGCUGGGCCUUGGCAAGCAAGCGUUAGAGUUGCAGCUGCAGCACGAGGCAGCAGAGCUGGCUGAGGUGUUUCACCAGGAACAGGGGAGAGCCUUUGAUCCUCAGGUUCCUAUCAUUCGAUCCACAACGAGAGUUAUUGGGGCCCUGGUGUUUGGUCAUCACUUCCUCUCCGAGGAGCCCAUCUUCCUGGAACUAAUUCGAGCCAUCAACCUUGGCCUCGCCUUUGCCAGCACUACUUGGCGCCGGCUGUACGACAUGUUUCCCUGGGCCCUCCGCUACCUCUCAGGACCCCACCAGAAGAUAUUUCAGUACCACGAGGCUGUGAGGGGCUUCAUCCACCAUGAAAUCAUCAGGCAUAAGCUCAGGACACCUGAGGCCCCCAAGGAUUUCAUCAGCUGCUACCUGUCACAAAUCACCAAGGCCAUGGAUGACCCUGUCUCCACAUUCAGUGAGGAGAACCUUAUCCAAGUGGUGAUUGACCUAUUUCUGGGAGGCACAGACACCACGGCCACCACUCUGCACUGGGCAAUCAUAUACCUGGUCCAUCACAGAGCCAUCCAAGAGAGAGUGCAGCAGGAACUGGAUGAGGUGCUGGGUACUGCACAGGCCGUCUGCUAUGAGGAUCGAGAGCGACUGCCCUACACCCGUGCUGUCCUCCACGAGGUACAGCGCCUUAGCAGCGUUGUGGCCGUGGGCGCUGUACGUCAGUGUGUGACUCCCACCUGGAUGCAUGGUUACUAUGUAUCUAAGGGAACCAUCAUCUUGCCCAAUCUGGCCUCGGUGCUGUGUGACCCCGAGUGCUGGGAGACCCCUCAUCAGUUCAACCCUGGCCACUUCCUAGACAAAGAUGGAGACUUUGUGACCAAUGAAGCCUUCCUGCCCUUCUCUGCAGGGCAUCGUGUGUGUCCUGGGGAACAGCUUGCCCGAAUGGAGCUCUUCCUGAUGUUUGCCACCCUCCUCAGGACCUUUCGGUUUCAAUUACCAGAAGGGAGCCAGGGCCUCAGGCUGGAAUAUGUCUUUGGUGGUACACUGCAGCCUCAGCCCCAGAAGAUUUGUGCCGUGCCUCGUCUGAGCAGCCUCAGCCCUAGGGAGCCCUAGGCCUGCCCUGCAGUCCCCCAACACACGAGGUUUCCACGUGUCAGCCCCUCAGUAUCAGCAGCCAGGAAGAAGUAGAUCUUCCUAGCCCAGCUGCCCACAGUUCUCACACUAGCUCUGAUGGUAAUCCCAGAAAAUGCAACCGUACCUGACUGGGUUCUGGCAGUUUCUUUCUUAGAGCAGGAUAAUUAUGCUUUGGCAGAGGAGGAUUUUGUAACAUUUGGUAAAGUCUGACUCGGUUCACAUGGUUCAUUUGGGGGGAAAUCAAAUGUCACAAUGUAGUAGCCAAGUAAGUUUAAAGGGAAAUGCUUUCCCAUAAUACUAUAAACAGUAGUGCAUGCAAAUGCUGGGGACUGAUAACUGGUGGGCAGCGGUGGGGGUGAAGGCGGGAGUACGUGCACACCAUUUUCUGUCUCCUCCCCGCCCUCCUCAGACCAGAGGGAAGAAGUCCCUAAAUCUGUUGUCCCCACACACAUUUCCAUCAAGGACCCUGGCUCUACUUUCCCUAUAACAGCUGCGAUGCUUUGAAAUAGUGUCUUCAAACAGAUCUUACUAAAAAGAGAAUUACUUGUAUUAAGUGGAAAUUAAAAUAAAAACGAGAGGCUGCCAC